AUGGAGUCGCUCAACAUUGCAGUCGUGGGUCUUGGAAGAAUGGGUAAACGCCACGUCCAUACCUUGCUCUACCGUGUCCCUCGUGCUCGUGUUGUAGCUGUGUGUACCACCGACAGCAACGAGAUCCAGUGGGCUAAGGACAAUGAGGAAUACACGGAAUUUGGUAUCACUGUCUAUGAUGACUACGACAAAAUGCUAGCUCAUCCGAGGCUCCAAGCUGUCUGGAUCUCCACCAGCACUGACGUUCAUGCGAGUCAGUCGCUGGCAGCUAUUUCUAAGAAUAUCCAUACACUGUGCGAAAAACCACUUAGCACAAACAUUGCGGAGGCGCAAUCUGUCGUUGAUGCCGCAAAGCAAAACCCAUCGGUCAAGGUAAUGGCAGGAUUCUCUCGCAGGUUUGAUGCCUCCUAUCGCGAUGCAGGAAACAAAAUCUUCCAACUUCAAUCCAUUGGUGAACCUUUUAUGGUGCGAUCCAACACUUGUGAUCUACGCGAUGAAACCGGAUUUUUUGUUCGGUAUGCAGCUCGAAACGGAGGCAUUUUUGUUGACUGCGCGAUUCACGACAUUGACUUGUCACUCUGGUAUCUCAAUGACCCUGUUCCCAAGGCUUGCUGGGCUGUCGGUACUCUACAGCAUCAUCCAGAGCUGAAAGAUCUUUCGGAUGUGGAUAACGCUGUAGGCGUUGUUGAAUUCUGGGGGGGCAAGAUCGCGUAUUUCUAUUGCUCACGCACCCAGGUGCAUGGGCAUGAUGUAUGUACUGAGAUCAUCGGGACCAACGGAAAAUUGAUGGUCAAUGUUGUUCCGCAGCAAAACAAUGUUGUCCUUGCCGACGAGCUUGGCAUGAGACAUGAGGUUCAACCGGAGUAUUGGCAACGAUUUGAGGACGCAUUUGCAUUGGAGGCCAAUGAGUUCGUCGAAGCCAUUGUCAAAAACAAGGAGCUAACUCUCAAACUUGAAACUGGAAUUACUGUUAUGAAGAUUGGACAGGCCCUCCAGCAAGCCCUGUUGACUGGGGAAGUCACAAGAUUCAAUGAGAAAGGGGAAAUAUUGAACUAG